AUUAUAGAGAAAUUAAAUUAGUUUCGACACUAUCUAGCUAUGCCGCUUUUUAAUAAAAAAUUCGAGGCUAAGCCCAUACCGGCGCGUCUCAAUCGCUGCAAUAUCGGACAUGCUGUGGUCACCGAGGAUCUCGACGACUUCCGACAGAUUUCCCUGAAUCUGGGCAACAAGGAGUUGCGCUUUGCGGACGGCAUUUGGAUGCAUUCGGCACGCAAGAACGAUGUGGACGAUAUGCUGCGUCUCAAUAAGAAAUUUCGAGCCCUAGAAGAGGAGAAUAAUAUGUGUAAUUUGAAAAUUGAGGUUAUGCUGGAUUUGCUAGCGGAACAUGCAACCGAGCUGAACCAACUGAAGCCAGUGAAGGAGAAGUCUGAUAUAAGUCAAGGUUUUACCAUAAAGAUGCCUGUUAUGUAGCAUUAAGAAGACUAGCAUAAUCUACACGAUAUGUAAUUAAAAAGAUGUCUAUACUUGUAUAGUUAUGUGGCCAGAGCAGACCAAUUACUUUUUAAACCCAAUAAAUGUUGAAAUGAAA